AUGGUAUUACAAGGACUGGAAAAAUGUACCCAAGCAACAAGGGCAUACAUUCAAGACUUCCAAGAAUUCUCAAAAAACAUAUCUGUUAUGCUGGGCAAAUGUCAUACCUACACAAGUGAAUAUAAGAGAGCAGUAAACAACCUGGCCCUGAGAGUGGAACGUGCCCAGCGGGAGAUUGACUAUCUGGAAUACCUUCGAGAGGCUGACAUGUGCAUGGAGUCCGAGGAGAAGAUGCUGGCAGAAAUGCUACUUCAAGCAGCUGAAGAAGAGAAGAAGAUCCGAACUCUGCUGAAUGCAAGCUGUGACAACAUGCUGAUGGGUAUAAAGUCCCUGAAAAUAGUGAAGAAGACUAUGGACCCAGAUGGCUCUUGGAUGAAAGAUGCUGGCAGUGACUCUCCCAAAGUGUAUCUCUUAAUUGGAUCCAGAAACAAAACCCUUUGGGAAUUUGCAAACAUCCGGGCAUUCAUGGAGGACAGCACCAAGCCAGCUCCCCGAAAGUUACUCCUACCACUUUCCUGGCAGGGAUCAGGCCAAGUGCUCUACAAAGGUUUUUUAUAUUUUCACAAUCAAGGGACUUCUAAUGAGAUAAUCAAAUAUAAUCUGCAGAAGAGGACUGUGGAAGAUCGAAUGCUGCUCUUAGGAGGGGCAGGGCGAGCACUGGUCUACCAGCAUUCCCCCUUCACUUACAUCGACCUGGCUGUGGAUGAGCAUGGGCUCUGGGCCAUCCACCCAGGGCCAGGUAUCCAAAGCCAUCUGGUUCUCACAAAAAUUGACCCUGGCACCCUGGGAGUAGAGCACUCAUGGGACACUCCCUGCAGAAGCCAGGAUGCUGAAGCCUCAUUCCUUUUAUGUGGGGUUCUCUAUGUGGUCUAUAGUUCUGGUGGCCAGGGUCCUCAUCAAAUCACAUGUGUCUAUGACCCACUGGGCACUAUCAGUGAUGAGGACCUGCCCAACUUGUUCUUUCCCAAGCGGUCAAGAAGUCACUCCAUGAUCCAUUACAACCCCAGAGAUAAGCAGCUCUAUGCCUGGAAUGAAGGAAACCAGAUCAUUUACAAACUCCAGACAAAGAAAAAGCUGUCUCUGAAGUAAUGCAUUGCACCCAGGAAGGAUAGCAACGUGGCUUUGGUAGAUGCUCUCCAGGAUACAGAGGCCAGAGCCCUUCACAAUGUAGUACCCCUCUAGUCAUAUGCAGGAGUAGGAUCUAGGCAUGGGGAUACAUACACAGCCUUUCCCAGAUGUCACUGCUUUAGGUAUCUUCCAAUCGCUUAGAUGAGCCUAUCAUUUGGGAAUUUUCAAUUUUGGGAUGAGUCUGUUAUUUAACCAAAUUUCUUGGCCCUGAGGCCUCUACAUUUGGAUCCAGCUGACUCCCAGCCUUUUCUGUUCUCCAGCAUCUACUUUAACUCUGGCCUCUUUUUCCAACGGUUCAAAUUGUCUGCCCCUUCCUGCUAUCAAUGGCUUUGUAUCCUCUGACUUUUGCAUAGUCUCUUCACUCUCUAUAAAUAUUCUUUCAAUUUUUUCACUGCCCAACUAAAAGUACUAUUUCUUAUUGACAUUUAAUCUUUAUUUCCUCUAGCCUUGCUGUUCCACCAAGGUAGAUGGAUGUAAUAAUAAAGAUAUUGACAUUUCAAUACCACUUUCCAGUUUGUACAUCAUUUAAUUCUCUUCUUGCUCUUGUGAGAUAUGUAAGUCUUUACAACUGUCACUCUAGAAAUGAGAGUUUAGAUGAGUUAUUCAACCUAUCACAACUCCAAAAUAAAACAGCUAAAAAUA